AUGCCUUUCGGACAACUUGUCCUCGGGAGUCCCGGCGCGGGGAAGAGCACGUACUGUGAUGGCAUGCACCAGUUCAUGGGCGCCAUCGGGCGCCAAUGCUCCGUCAUCAACCUUGACCCCGCCAACGACCGGACAAACUACCCCUGUGCUCUGGACAUUCGCAAUUUGGUCACACUGGAGGAAAUCAUGUCGGACGACCGCCUAGGGCCCAACGGCGGGAUUCUAUACGCACUCGAGGAGCUAGAACAUAACAUGGAGUGGCUAGAGAACGGGUUGAAGGAGCUAGGCGAGGACUAUAUCCUAUUCGACUGCCCUGGACAGGUCGAGCUGUACACUCAUCAUACAUCCCUGCGCAACAUCUUUUACAAGCUGCACAAGUUGGGAUACAGGCUGGUGGCUGUCCAUCUGUCCGACUGCUUCUGUCUCACCCAACCAUCUCUCUACAUAUCGAACCUGCUCCUCGCUCUGCGGGCCAUGCUGCAGAUGGACCUCCCGCAUAUCAACGUGCUGACCAAAAUCGACAAGCUCUCCUCGUACGACCCGCUGCCUUUCAAUCUCGAUUUUUACACCGAAGUGCAGGACUUGUCAUAUCUUAUACCGUCCCUCGAGGCCGAAUCGCCGGCGCUCCGGAGCGCCAAGUUUGCAAGGCUUAACCAGGCCAUCGCCGAUCUCAUUGAGCGAUUCGGGCUGGUCAGCUUCGAGGUGUUGGCGGUGGAGAACAAGAAGAGCAUGAUGCACCUCCUGCGCGUCAUAGACCGGGCCGGGGGCUACGUGUUUGGUGGCGCCGAAGGGGCCAACGACAGCAUCUGGCAGGUGGCUAUGCGGAACGAGUCGUCGUUGUUGGACGUCCAGGAUCUCCAGGAGCGGUGGAUUGAUAAUAAAGACUUUUAUGACGAGUUGGAGAGAAAAGAGGAGGAGGAGCAGGACAAGAUCCGCGAGGCGCAGGCGCAGGCUGCAGCCGAGGCGGCAGGUGGUGAUCCUCUACUAGGUGGCCUUCCACAGCCAGUGUCUGAUAGUGGCAUACGGGUAACGCGCAAGAAAAAGUGA